AUGCUACUUCGUCUUUCUGAUCCUUUUAUGGUGUGCAACCAACAAACGCCGGAAGAGCAGAGUAUACCAGGAUGGAGUGGAUUCAAUGCUAUUACACAUCCUAGCUUACCAGUGGAGACUGUCAUAGGUUAUCAUCCAAUGAUCAAUGCAGAAUCAAGCAAUUUCAGCAACCUAUACACCUUGAUGAAACUGGCACAAAAGAUAUGUAACACCUUAGGACAGUGCGACUCAGUGGUCACUUUCGAUCUAGCUCUUUAUGCAAAAGCUAAACAAUUACAAAUGAAAUACCCAGAGGAAUUUCAGAGCACCGUUAUCAGAAUGGGCGGCUUCCACAUCGCGCUAAACUAUCUCUCUCUCCUGGGAAAGAAAUAUGCACAAUCGGGCUUAGAAGACAUGCUGAUUGAAUCUGGAGUUUAUGCAGCUGGCACCACUUCAGUAAUUAUGCUUGGCAAGUCUUACAAGCGAGGGAUUCGGGCGCGCAAGCUUACCAUGGAAGCGCUCUUCAGACUUUUGUGGCAAGCUUUCGUGGAAUGGCUGGAAAGGGAAGAAGUUGGAAUAGAGAACGGGCCAAAGCAACUUAUUCUCUGCAGAAGUAAAGAAUGCCGGAACACAGUUAAACAGGAAGAUUUCUUCGCGGAUAAUUGGUCGGCAUUUCAAGGUUGUAUCGAGCCUUUGAUGCUACUAUUUGACACUUUCAAGUUAGAGAGCAGAAAGAAGUCCAAGGUAUUCAACUUCUGGGAAGAUUAUAUCAACAUGGUGCUGUUGCUCUUUCAGUUUGUUAAAGCUGAACGAACUGGGAACUGGAAGCUUCAUCUCUCCGCUACUGCCGCGAUGGUUCCCCAUUUCUUUUCCAUGGACAGGGUCAACUACGCUCGAUGGCUGCCCGUUUACCUUUCCGAUAUGAACAUGUUGGAAUCGCACCAUCCUGAAGUCUAUCAAGAGUUCAUGGCAGGAAGUCAUAGUGUGAGCCGUUCGAAGCAACCGUUUGCACAAGUUUGGCCCGACAUAGCCCUGGAGCAAUCAAUCAAUCUGGAUUCGAAGUCAAAAGGCGGCAUAAUAGGCAUGCGUACCAACGAAAAUGCGGUAGAGAAAUGGUUUUUAACCAGUCAUGAGAGAGCGGCAAUAACACAAGAACUCAAAAACACGUGUGGGAUACAGAAUUGCGACAGGAUCGGAACGCACAAAGAAGCAAGUGCGACAAGAGUAACAAGAGAUGAAAACGAUGUACAGAAGCUACUUGCUACGUUCAACGGUAAACUCCUCAGUGACCCUUUUCACAUUCCUGAUGACAUUAUCGACAACGAGGAACCGUUACCUUUGAGUAAUCUUGCCACAGGUGUUGGUCUACCAGAUGCUGAGGCUAAAAGACUUGUUGACGCAGCAGAGUUAGGAAAACAAAGCAUGGAGGGCUUUGUUUCAUCUAGAGUUCAGAGUAAAGAAAUUAAUUUCUGGGAUCCAAUUCAUCAGCUCAAAAUCAAAUCGUUCAGUUCAGUGGCAAAGAAUGUUACAAUAAAGAGCCAAAAAGAAAAGAUCUUAUCCUUUAGUGCUGAUCGCAAGCAGGGAUAUCAGGGAUAUCAAUCUGAAAAGUCUAUAAUCAAAAAACAGGGAUAUCAAUUUAAAAGAAGUGCUUUCUUAUGA